AUUGUAAAUAUUAAUAACGAGAAUCACGUCACAAACCACUUCUAUAGACCAUUAUAUUUUUAUUUAAUGAUAAUUUAAAUCAUGAAAAUUUCACGUUAAAGAUUCUUUUACUAUUAUUAUGAAAUCAACGUUCAAUCAUCGAUUAGAAUCGCAAUAAUUUGCUUAAGAACGUCUAGGCCAUAGGUACAGUUUUCUAACAUCUAAACUACAAAACAAAGUUUGUAUCUGAAACAUCAAAACAUAUUCCUAUAUAACUAUGGCUGGUAGAAGCCAGAGUUCACCUAGUCACCUAAGUGGAUAUAGUGCCGUUAGUUACCCAGCGUCACUAGCCUUCUCCAUCGGUCAGCCAAUACUAGCCAAAACCUACUCCUUCUACCCCCCUCCAGCCAACUUCGUGAACGCGUCGAUCGUGGCAUUCGUGGGUCUCCUCCUAUUCGUCAUGUCCUUUACGAGCCCGUACUGGUUGGUGUCCUACGAGUACACGUACAGCGACUUCAAGAACAUGGGGCUGUGGGAGUUCUGUUUCGAUGGCUACCGCUACCCCAAGUAUCAGUUCGACUACAAGUUCGUCGGUUGUAACUACAUCUUCGCCAGCGAAUACCGCAUCAUCUGGGAGUGGAUGCUGCCUGUGUGGUUCAUGGCGACGCAGACGUUCAUGUGCAUCGCGCUCAUGUGCCUGAUGGCGUGCAUGACGGCCGCCAGCCUCGUGCUCACCCGUUGGCCGAUGCAGUUCGUGCUGAGGUUUGAGUGGCGCAUCAUCGGCCUGUGCGCCGCGCUGCUCGCUGCCACCGAGGUGUGCCUGUUCUUCAGCCUGAUCGUAUUCGGCCUGAUGUGCUGGUCCAGGGACUGGCUGCUCUACCCCAACUACAACUACCUCAGCUGGUCUUAUUACUUCGCAGUCUUCUCGGGAGGCUUCUUCGGCUUCGCAGGCUUCAUGAUGCUUUACGAAAUGUACAAGUCGAAGGACCGUAAAAGAGCAGCCAACAACCUCCUUCAUCUGGAGAACCAGAACGGCCACAACGGCGGAGAGCCCAUGGAGAUCCCCAUAGACCCUGGGUACCAGCAGCAGCCCUACCAAGGGUCUAACCCUGGCUUCUCCCGAGAACAGAGCGUGUAUUCUCAAGCGUCAGGGUUAUCUCACCCUUCCGCUUACUCCCAUAACGCCUACAUAUAAACAUAUAAUAACCGGACUCAACAAGCUUCCAUUAAUCCCUGAUUUCAAUAGGUUUUGAGAAAGAUCCUAAAGCGGACUAAGAAAAUUUGAAUUACUGUGGAAGCUGAAAUACAAAAGGAUUGCAAGAGAGUGAUAAUAUUUAUUAAUUUUUCAGUUACCCCCUCCCCCCUUCCCUCUCCCCAGUGAGAUUUUAUUCCCUGCGUGUACUAAAAUCGUUCUCGAACCCGAAGGUGUUAGUGUACCACUAGGGUAGCUCCCGCGUACCAAUAUUGGUAUGCGUACCAACUACCAAUAUUGGUACGCGUACCAUAAGCGGGGAACCAUUGCUCUAAGUCAUUCAUGUCAGUCGUUCACAAUAAACAAUUUAGUUCAUCAUACAACAUUAAUGGGCAUAGUAUUGUAUUAUAAAAGACGCAUUUGUUCACCGAAAUCAGCGGCUUCCACCGGAAUUUGCAUUAGUGGAAGAAAAGUUUUGUAGGAAAUGCGGAGGAUUAAUUUAUUGAUUAGUUCAAAAAAUGUCAUUCUGCUCCUCCAGUAGUCAUUAAUUAUGUUAAAUAUUUGAUGCAUUCUUGAGAAUAAUAUUGUUUACUU